ACAAUUGAAGAAUCGCACCUCACUGGCAGACUCGUGUUAGUGUGCUGCGAACUGGACCUGGGACAAGGAAAUGCGUUGAACAACUGAUACAGAUACACACUCUAUAAGUUUGGGAUUUUAGUUCCCAGUGUUAAGCUCUCGUUUAUUUUUUUAUUUUUUUUAUUAAAAAAAAGAAAAGGGAAAAAGCGGAUUCGUCAUGUCGAGCGGAAUGGUCGCUAGCUACAUGCUAGCAUCUUCGAAAAGCGCCUACCACGAGAGCUGCAUUCCCAAGGACCGGACGCAGGCAGCAGGCAACGUCCAGCCCAGUCGCAACUACACCGAGGGCGACUUCCGCAAAUGCAACGCUGUCUCCCAGGAUACCAUAUGGAAACAGAGCGUGGCGGCCGAGAAACGAUGUCUCAAGAACUGGGACGAACAGUGGGGGUUUCUCACAGAAUUUGACGCAAAGGGUGAACACAAGGAAAAGGAGGAAUUACCGGACAGAUGCGUAAUGUUUUCCGACAAUGUGCCGAACACCAAUUCGGGAAAUUACGGAAGCCGACUGACCACGGAACCCGGACUGUCGAUGCAGAAUCUGGAAUUUCAGUUUUUCAGUGGCCAUAAAAGAAGGAAAAUGGACACAGGAUUUGUGUGUUACUGAAACCAAUAGCACAUUAAUAACAAAUAAAAUUAAAUCAUGCAGGCUCGAAACCAGUUUACAGUUAGAGAGAUGUCGAGGGAGCUUAUUAUUUCCUUAAUUUAUAUUUGAAAAACGUUGAUGGCCGGUUUUUGGAGUUAGACCACGACCGUUUACCUGAUAAGGGGCCAAAAAUAAUACUGACUGAACAUAAUAUAUGCUACAUGACUGAAAAUAACACUAACUGAACAUAAUAUAUGCUACAUGACUAAAAUAACACUGACUGAACAUAAUAUAUGCUACAUGACUGAAAAUAAUACUGACUGAACAUAAUAUAUGCUACAUGACUGAAAAUAACACUUAAUUUUUCUUGAAAGGUAUUUAAUUCAUCCAGCGGCCAAGUCACCAUAUCCCACGUUAUUGAUAGUUUGGUAUUUAAUUGAGGUGUUGUCAAGGUAGCCAUAAUUAAGUUUUUGUUGCAAUAAGUUUAAUUUAAUAUCUAUAUAUUUAUAUAUAUAUAUAUAUAUAACCCCCACCCCACCCCACACCCCUCAUCUCCCCCAGUUCAUACUGAUGUCCGACUAUUCAAGACUUUAUUAUAUGAAUUUCUGAAUUUUUAGCAUCCAGUUAAUUGUUAAUACAUUCAGUUAAUUAAUUAACUGGGAAGAAAAAUCGAUUUAAAAAAAAAAAAAUUUGCAACAUAAGCAUAUUUAUAUUAAAUAUGUCGGUUCCUGUUUUUUAAAAUUAACACUUUACUCUGUAUUCACAUCUCGUAUAUGCACCAUGUAGUAGUUCUUAGUAGUAUACGCUUUCAAUACGUUAGACUGUGAGUUCGUACUAUAAAAGGACUUACACAGAUUUUGGUGGAUUUAUUUUAUUUAUUUUAAUUAUCUUCUUUUUUUUGGGGGGGGGGGGGGGGGGAUGGGGGAGGGGUGGAAUUACUUUGCAGCGACAAAGGCCAUGAUUCCACUGCAUGCACACAGACACGUACAUCCACGUACAGUCACGUGCAAACACGUGUUAUAGAAGAAAUGUAGAUGCAAAUGUAUGUAUUUUGUAUAUAAUUCUAUAUUAUGUUUCCACUGUGUGCAUUCUGUGGUUCGCAGCGGUCAACAUAAUUUCGUGCGUGCAUGUGCAUAUUUGUGCGUGUGUGUGCGGAACUAGAGAAAUGGCUGUCUAAAGACAAUUGGUAUGUUGUCUUCCUGGUUGUGCUUUCAAAGGGAAUAUCUUCUUGAGUUUGUAACGAUUUUAAAAAGGUUUUGGCGAAUAAUAUAUUUUUACAUUUUAUAAAUUAAAAUACAUUACAUUUUCUUGCUUAGCAUAAGGAAUAUCUGUCUAACUAGUGCAUUUCUUAACAUCGUAAUGUUUUGUAGUAUCUGAGUGUGAUUUAUGUUUAAUAAUAAUUUCGUACGUAAGUCUACAAAUAUAUAUUUGUUUUACAAUGGCAAAACGAAAUUUGAAAUCAUCCGUCCAAAGGUCAUUCCAAAUGUAUUUACCCGUACAAUGCUAAAUGCCAGUAUAUUUAAAACAUGUGUAUAUAUAUAUAUAUAUAUAUAUAUAUAUAUAUAUAUAUAUAUAUAUAUAUAUAUAUAUAUAUAUAUAUAUAUCGAUUGUGUUGUAAUUUCCCCAACUCCCGGCGAGAAUCGAGUUGUGAGAGCGCUCAGACUAGCAACUGGACAGUCGUAGAAGUCGAGAGAGCAGACAGUUGUCCAACUUUGUUGUGGCAGUUGGUAAUCUGAAACUAGCAUUAGAUGAACCAUCACAGAUAUAUAUAUAUAUAUAUAUAUAUCUUGUUGGGGUUUUUUUAUAUGGUAAAUAGCUACACAUAAUCGUUGCGUACGUAACUGAAGAAUAUCAAAUUAUAAUGCGCUGUCAUUCGUGUACAAUUCAUGGCUUCCCCGAGGAUUCUGGUUAAAAAUAGAAAGUUUACAGAAAGAUCUACGUUUCAUGAAUUUAUUGGUACCUUAUAACUUCGCCUGUAAGGCGAUCUCUGCUAUAAGUCGUAACUUUUUUUUACCCUCUUAUAAGUCGAGCCCUCCAAGUUAUAAAAUAAUUUUUGGGUAAAAAAAAAAUCGACUUAUAGGCGAAGAUAUACGGUAGUUCUUGGGCCAUCACAAACGUUGAUUGUGGGUUGUUAGUGUCGUGGUGUUAUAAUUCUGUUAUUGUCUCACCGUUAGUAAAUACAGUUAUGUUGUAUGUGAGUGACCCUUGAAGGAAAAGUAAAAAAAAAACAGGUGGGUACUUAGUAUAACAUAAGAGAGUUUAAACAGAACGCUGUUUUUUUUCUUUUUUGGGGGAAGGGGGUGUGUGGGGGGUUUUGGGGGAGAGUAACUGUCACCCUCCCUUGUUGUCCUUCUAGGUACAGUCCUGCUAAAGUAUAUGGGAUAUACGCAACCUAAACGAACAAAAAGAUAUGUAGGAUAUUUUUUGUGAGUUGUCUCCCUUCGAUCAUCUGCGUCUGGAGCUAAUGCUAGUAGCCAGAUUCAAAUGAUUAGAAGGGAGACAACUCAUAUAUACAUAUGGUAUGACGAAAAGUGGUGAUGUCAGAGAAUGGAUAUAUAUAUAUAUAUAUAUAUAUAUAUAUAUAUAUAUAUAUAUAUAUAUAUAUAUAUAUAUAUAUAUAUAUAUAUAUAUAUA